AUGUGGAAAAUUUUCUCUUUUCAUUGGAUAUAUUUCCUUUUUUCAUUGUUUUGUUUACUUCAUAGUGUAACGUGCGUCAAAAAAGUCUCAAAGACUCCCAGGAAGUCUAAGGAAUCCGAAGUUUCUAAGGAAUCUACAAAAAGAUCCGCGAGUUUGGAUGAUGAUCCAUCUUUGUGGCCAGGGCAUCUCCAGCCGCUUGGAAGUUCACAGCAAGUUCACAAAGUAGAUGCCUACAAAAAGUACCUAAAACCGGAGGAGUUCCUUAAUAGCUAUGCAGCCCCUUAUCUACCAGUUUUAUUUCAAGCCGUUGAACAAACCUCCAUAGCGUAUGAAAAAUGGGGGAACAUAACUUAUUUUACAGUUUUACCACAAACUCUAACAAAUUGGGUUCACAUUUCACCAGAAGUAGGACAGGUUUCAUUCAGAAAGUUUUUAUUAAAUUAUACAGAUAAAGGAUCCGUUUUUAACAACAAAGUGCCAUUUUUCAUGAGGUCUGCCAAAUGGGAGCCUUAUAGAGAUGAUGUGUCUGUACCAAAAUGUCUUCAUUGUGAACCAAUUCUCAAUUCAUUUUCAACGCAUAAAUUAUGGAUCAGUCAUACAGAUCAAUCUAGUCCAAUACACAGAAGAAAUAAAGAUACCAUACACUGUACUUUUGUUGGUUCUCAAGAAUUUACUUUGAUAAGCCAUAUUGAGUACGGUGAUAAGGUACCCGUUGACUAUACCACGAUAGAUAUAAAUAAGGUAGAUUUUACAAAAUUCCCAACUUUAAGGGAAGUAGAAUACCACAAAGUUCGAGUUAAGGCUGGAGAUUGUCUGUAUAUUCCAACUAAAUGGUAUUGGCAGGUGAGAUCUACUGGGAAGACCUACUCUGCUGAUAUAGAAUGGUACCAUAGAAAUAAAACAGUAAAAUCUUCAAACUGUAAAACCAAGACUAGUAUUUCUAGCCUUAAUUCUGUUGUAUUUAAGGAUAUUGACGAUCCUACAACUAUAGAAACCGAUGUUUUGUUGCAUUAUUUUACAACAUAUCUACUGAAUGUACCAAAGUUUACAUUGCCACAGUUUGAAAGACAUCUGAAGAAGGAUAAGAAAUUUAUGGAAGAUUUAAUUGAAUGGACUGAUGAGCUACAACAUAUAACUAAAGAAGUAUUUGAAACUCUGGAUGUUAACAAAGACAGUAGAUUCUCUAUGGCUGACUUGGAAAGUCUCAGUCAACCAAUGCUAGAAGAUAUAAGAGGGUUGUUUUUAGACAGAUUACAAGAUUAUGAUGAUAUAUUAAAAGACCAACAAGAAGAAGCUAAGGAAUCAAAGAAACAGUCAGAAAAGGAAAAUAAGGCUAAAGAUGCUCCUGCUACUACUGGUCCCGUAGAUGAUUAUCUGAAGAACUAUAUUGGGCAGUUAGAAGAUGUGUUAAAAGAAAGUAUAGAAGAAAUGUCUGUCACUGGACAUCUACCGGAUAUCAAAAAGAAAUUUGCUGAAAAACAAGCACAAGGAAAGACAGGAAAUGCCGAUAAACCUAAACAAUCUACUAAACCAAAGACAGAGCGAGAGAAAGCUAAAGAGAAAUUGGAACAAGACAGACAAAGACGGAAAGAAAAGCAAGAGGCAGAAAAUAUAAAAGAGAAAACAAAGGAUGAUGAAAAAUAUCUUAUUGUUGAUGAUUCUGUUGAAGAAGAAAUAAUGGCCGAUGAUGAUGACGACUCUACAACCGGAAGUACUAAUAAAAGGACACCAACUGCUGAUAAAGCAGACACCAAAGACAACAAAUCACACACUAAAGAUAACAAAGCAGACACAAGACACGUUGAUAAGAAGACGGGGCGUAAAGGCCAAGAUGGAAAAGAAGCUAAACAGAAAAAUACUGGUUCGAAGAUAAAAACAGAGCUUUAA